GGCAGCCAUGGCGGGAGGAAUCAAAGUGGCGGGCUGGUCGGCGGUUGGUCCCUGGCCCCGGUGCGGGGGCCCGGGGAGCCGCGGGGCCGCGUGGCUGGUCUUCGUCCUCUUCGGCUGCGUGGUCUGCGGCUCAGCUGGAAUUGAUGUAAAUGUGGUCAUGCUUCAGGAAUCCCAAGUUGAUAUGAAUUCCAGUCAACAAUUCUGUUAUAAAAAUGUGCUUAUCCCAAAGUGGUAUGACAUAUGGACGCGGAUACAGGUCCGGGUAAAUAGCUCCAAACUGGUCCGAGUCACCCAGGUGGACAAUGAGGAGAAGCUGAAGGAGCUAGAGCAGUUUAGUAUUUGGAACUUUUUUUCUUCCUUUUUAAAAGAGAAAUUGAAUGACACCUAUGUUAACGUGGGUCUGUACAGCACAAAAACCUGCCUCAAAGUUGAGAUUUUAGAGAAGGACACCAAAUACAGUGUCAUUGUGACCCGGAGAUUUGACCCCAAAUUUUUCCUUGUUUUCUUCCUUGGACUUACACUAUUUUUUUGUGGAGACUUGUUGAGCAGGAGUCAAAUUUUCUACUAUUCCACUGGAGUGAGCGUGGGGAUUGUGGCCUCUCUGUUAAUCAUCAUUUUUAUGCUCUCCAAGUUUAUGCCCAAGAGAAGUCCCAUUUACGUCAUCCUGGUAGGAGGCUGGUCCUUCUCUCUGUACCUCAUUCAGCUAGUUUUUAAGAAUUUACAAGAGAUAUGGAGGUGUUAUUGGCAUUAUCUUCUAAGCUACGUCCUCACAGUCGGAUUCAUGAGUUUCGCAGUGUGCUACAAGUAUGGGCCCCUGGAGAAUGAACGAAGCAUCAACCUGCUGACCUGGACACUGCAGCUGCUGGGCCUGGGCUUCAUGUACUCCAGCAUUCAGAUACCACACGUUGCUUUUGCCCUUAUUAUCAUUGCCCUGUGCACUAAGAACCUGGAGUACCCUGUUCAUUGGCUGUACACCACCUACAGAAAGAUGUGUAAGGCAACAGCAAAGCCCGUCCCCCCUCGCCUCCUGACAGAAGAGGAGUAUCGGAUACAAGGAGAGGUGGAGACCCAAAGGGCUCUACAGGAACUCCGAGAGUUUUGUAAUAGUCCAGAGUGUUCUGCCUGGAAGACUAUAUCUCGGAUUCAGUCUCCAAAAAGGCAGCUACCUCCUUAUUUUGAUUAUAGCGUUAGCAUGCGAAGACUUCAGUAUCAUAUAUUCGCUGACUUUGUGGAAGGUUCUUUUCACCUCACACCAAAUGAAGUUUCUGUUCAUGAGCAGGAGUAUGGAUUAGGGAGCAUAAUUGCCCAGGAUGAGGAGCUGUCCUCAGAGGAGGAGGGCUCAGAGUACCCCACUGUCGCCCAGAACAGCUUCCUGACUUAGAUGGGGGAACCCGUUAUUUUCACAUAGACAGUGUGGUGCCUUGGCGGUCCAUGUGCAAAUGCUGUGCGGUCUCUUGGGCUUACAUAACGGCCUGAAGAGGGUGCAGAAGCUCUCCUGCUGAAGUGAGAGGUUCUCCACAGGACCCCUGAGCAAAGAGUGGAGGAAGAAGCGAGUGCUGUGGUAGCUUGCCUCUGACAACCGAGCUAUUGGUCCACUUGCUGUUCCUAAAGAAACUGGUUGUCCACAGCCAGCAUGAUAUUCUAGGUCCUGUUUGAAAGUUCACUGAAUGAUGGCAUUUCUGACUCUGACAAGCCCACAGAAAUGAGGACUAAGUGCAGUAGUGCAUUCAGAUCAUAGGCUGCACCUUCUAAAGAGAAAUGUACAAAUCUGAGCCAGUUUGACUUCUGUCGGCUUAUACUCCAGUAGGCCAUUAGACUAAUCCUCGAUUCAACUCUUGAAGGAAAGAUAGAUGGUUGUCCAUCCUGUUUUUUAAACAUUUUUUAAUGCAGCAAAUUUAUGUAUUAGAACCAAUAAGUGCUCCAGAGUGACAAACGCUAUCGACCCCAGAUAUUUAUUGGUAUAGAUAUCCAUGAAAGUCCCUGGAACUGCUUGUAUUGAACCUUGAAUUCUCAGAAACUGAUAUUCUGAGUUUUACUUACAUUUAGAAAACCGUCUACUGGCCCUUCUGUAGGUUUGAUUUCCUAAGCUUUUUAUUCUGUUUGCCCUUUGCGAUUUUCUCUUGCUUUUUCUCACCACUCCCUUUUCUGCCCAGGCAGGGUCUGUCCCCUUCCCUGUGGACUGUGGACAGUUCAGGAUUUGUCUCAUUUUUUGUUCUCCACUCCCUCCCUUUCCCUUCCUAAUACGGAGUUCCCUCUGCUUCUGACCAUUUCGUUUAUAGAUUUUCUUUCUUGUUCAGGGUCUUGCUGUGUGACUCAGCUGGUCUUAAACUCUCAGUCCUUUUACCUCAGCCUUCAGUGCUAGGAUCUUAAGUCUAUGCUGCCAUGCCAAGCUUUUUUUCUCUGUUAUCCCUGGCUGUCCUGGAACUCACUCUGUAGACCAGGCUGGCCUUGAACUCACAGAGAUCUGCCUGCCUCUGCCUCAAAGGAUCAAAGGUGUGUGCCACCACACCUGUUAUGCCAAACUUCUUGUCUUGAUUUUAUAUAUCCUUUUUAUAGCUUGGUUCCUAUAGCUAGGAAGAGAAGUCUUGUUUACUUCUUUUCCCCUAUCUGAUCACAUAUCUUUAAGUUACUACUCAAUCAAGAUACUAUUCCAGGGCUGGAGAUGUAGCUCAGUGGUAGAGCACUUAUUGACUCAGCAUGCAAGGCCCUGGUAGAACUUCAGCAUCACAACAAAACCAAUCUUAUCUCCUUGUCCCUGUCUUCUAUUAUAUACCCAUUCUGUUCAUUUAGCCUUCUCACCACCUGAUCUGGUUCCAGAUCUGGUAAUUUGCAAUUCCUGAAACCAUCUAUUAAGUUUCUUUAUAUACAGUUUUAGUUAUGUAGCUGCCACAACUUUGCUUGGCAGAUAAAGACCGUAAGGUGAUCUUCCUGCCUUUGACACUCAUUCAGCUGUCAGCAUCACACACACCCCAGUUCCAUUCUGACGGAGAUGCUGCCUCUUUCCUUAGUUUAGUGACCUCAGCUUCAGAAUCCCUAGCCAUUGAAGGUACCCUCAGAAGCUGGCGGUAUCACUUAGGAGGGAGCAGACUCCCAAGUUUCUGCCGUUUGCUUGGUUCUUUCAUUGUGAUCUUCACCAUCACAUUGGAAGAAGUGUGUAGCUUUUGUGAUUCCUUCAGCCAGGAAGGUGGGUGCUCACUCGGGUAGAUAUCAUCAGACUCGUUGUCUUAGGAUCGUCAAGAGGAAGAUGGUGUCUUCAGACCUGCUGUUAGCAUCUAAUUCUGGAAGACCCUAGGCUCUAUUGCUGGCAUCCAAAAUGCCGGCAGAGUGGCCAGUGAGUUCUUUCAACCAGUGCUCCCCAUAGCCUUAAAUUGUCCUAAAGUGACAACUACUUCAACUGGUAGAAGUGAAGCAGGAGAAACUGAAAGCUAGCAUUUGUGAGCAGGUGCCACGGGUUCAAGCGAUCGAGUACAAGAUGUCUUUGUGAAUUACAAAUACGGUAAAAGUCUGUCCCUAAGCUUCGGAAAAGGCAGAGAUGAAGCUCAGAAGCAGGACGUGCUUGUCUGGCAGGCACAAAGCUGGUAUUCAGUUCCUGGCAUCACAAAAAACAGUUCCUGGCAUCACAAAAAACCCCACCAGUAGCAACAAAAGCCUUCCAAAACACACUAUUUUGGAACCUCCUUUGUAGAAAUUGGUACCCUUCUGUACAGAUGGCGUUCAGUCCUGGGAGCCCUUGGUGCCUUUUCCUAUAUCACUCCCUGUGAAUGGCAGCUUGCUAAAGGGGAGGGCUGACUUAGAUGUUUAUUUUCAUGAAAAAUCACUGUGAAUGACUUUGUUCUGUGUGAUGAGCUCCCUGUGAAAUACGGAUUUCAUUUCAAGGCCAUGUGUUUUUUACCUGUAUUUAAAGCUCUUUUUCUUUCCCUGCCUGUGGAACUGAGUGGUGUGGGAGCUGUUCUCAGACAGUGAGGGACGGUGCUGCUGCUGUGUGCUGUUUAUCCUUGCCCUGCCUGCCUGUGUGUCUGUCUGGAUGCUUCUGAGCCUCUGCAUGCCCAGAGGCUGCUCGAUGGAUCUCAGCCUCAUUGUUCAGACUGAUCUCAUCAGGGAUUGAAGGAAGGACUGGGGUGAGCUGGACACUGGAGACACGUCUGCUGCCAUGUCAGCGUCUUUGCUCAGCAGCUAUCAAACCAUAGUUAAUUCCUGGACUCAGGGUCUCAUUAUUGGAAAUCUAUUGCUUCUAAUCAGUCUGACCUGAGUUUAUAGAACAUGGCUCCCAUUAAUGGGAACACAAGAGGCAGUUGGCAUAAGACUUUACAGUACCCCUUUGCUCAGAACAUAAUGACCAAAGCCGAGAAAAAUUGAGCAACAUUGAUAACUUUGUUACUUUGAAAUGUAACAUCCUUGUUAUAUCAACAGUGGUUAUUUUUCUGGUGAUGGCUCCUUGGGUUCCACUGUUCUGUCUUACCAUAUUAUAUCCUAUCCUAGGGCACAUCCCUUUAUUAAUCAAUUGCGUUCUCUCUAGCCACCCUUCUUGGCAUAGGUGAUGGAGGUUUGAUGAAUGAAAGGACCCAAAUAGGCCAGGGAAUCCCCCUAGACCUUGAUACUCAUGAAGGGAUUGGGAAUGGGUUAUGUAAUUGACCUCAAUCUUUUGUUCCAGAAAAAAAAGAUGAGCUGAGAUGGAUGACUGUGCUAUAGUGCUGUCCCUAGCUGUGUCCUUAUAACUUGUCAGAAUUGAAUAGUAACAGUUGAAGUAGGAGGACAGAAAAUUGUGUCCUCUUCCGGUAUUCCUUUGGACUCAGGUCUAGCAUUUGAGAUGAUUGUCUGUAUUUGAAUGAAGAAUUUUAUCUGAACACAGGGAAGGACAGUGGGGCAGAUUUACUGGUCUCAGGUUAGUUAGGCUGUGAGAGCAAGGGAUAAACAAAGUAUCUGUUGCAUAUGACAAGUUUGCCUAAGUCUUUUUUUUUUUUUUAAGAUUUUUCUUUUAUUAUGUAUACAACAGUCUGCCUCCCUGUAUGCCAGAAGAGGGUGCCAGAUCUCAUUACAGAUGGUUUUUGAGCCACCAUGUGGUUGCUGGGAAUAGAAUUCAGGACCUCAGGAAGAAUAGUCAGUGCUCUUAACUGCUGAGCCAUCUCUCCAGCCCUUGCCUAAGUCUUGCAUGUAGCAGAAAUGAUUUCUUUUGGGAGAGCUUAUGCAAUUGUGGUAACCCAGUGGUAUCUUCUGUUGCUGUUGGGGUCCAGAUGGCUACUAUUUUGAAGAGGUGGUUCGAAAGUCGGUUGUAGUGAUGUGUGUGUGUGUGUGUGUGUGUGUGUGUGUGUGUGUAUACCUGAACUUGGAAGGCUGAGGUGAGAGGAUCACUUGAGUCUGGACAUUUUAAAUUGGUAGGGGCAGCAAAGGAGACCCCCAUCUCAAAAUAGAAAGUUUUAGUGCCUUAGAUGGCAGGACCACGAACCCACUGUGGAUAAACAAAGCAUGCAAACACCAGUGUUAGCCCCAUUGCCUCAGCAGGGUCAGGAGUGAUCACAUAGACCCAGACAUGUGCUGCAUGUCAUUUUUGUUUGACACGCUUUAUUGUUUAGACUGGGUGUGCCCCUCUGUAUGUAGCCUGGAGCUCAGGACAACCCUGCCUCAGUCUCUGAUUGCUGAGAUUACAGGCAUGAGCCACCAAGUCCAGUUUCCUUUUAUACUCUUGAUAACUUGAAAAUGGUGAAAGCAGUUGCCUUGAACUUUGGGCAGCAUGAACAUUGCUGUGUGACAGAUUGCCCCAGUGUGGACCUCAGCGCCUGUUCAAGCCCACAGUGGCCAUACUUUCCAUGUCUCUGGAAUUGAUACUGAAAUAACAAGGCCAAGAAACUACUAGAUGAGUUUUAGCCUGUGGGUGAUGCCUUAGUGUUAAUUUAGAUAACAUAUUUGUCAUUUGUACUUAGUAAAUGUCAAUGGAUAUUCAGGAAGAACAAAAUUAUCAGAGAUGGCUAUUUGCCAUUCCCUUACCUUUCUGUAAGAAAAAGUGAUGCUGUGUAUUUUUUUAUUAUUAUUAUUAUAUGGCUUGUAAAUAGUCACAAUUUUAAUAAAGUUUUGUAUGCUGUAUUGUCUUUUUAAAUUAAAAUGCUUCAAUAUUU